AGAGAGUCUCUUUUGAGCCCCGGCUUUGCUGACUAGUUUUUUUCUCCAACCUGGGAAGAUUUAUUUCUCAGUAUUUUGGUGCCGGGAGGGGGUGGGGGGAGAUCUGCGAUGCAAACUCGGUCUCUUCUCUACGCAGAGAAAAUCUUAAAAGCAGAUGAAUUCCAAACAGCAUUAGAUGGCAAUCAAUGGGAUCCUAUUAUUUGCAGGGAAACCAUCUUAGUACAAUUAAAAGCCCAAUGGGGUGAUAUUUUGUCAGGUACUGAGGAUUUAAUAGCUGCCAGCUGAUAUAAAGUUGUAGACUGCAAUGGCUGAUGCAAGGAGGAGGACUAAUUGCAUGUUGCAAACUUUCCUUUGAGAUGGACCCCCAUACGUUUCGCCUUUCCCGAGUCCCAGCAGAAGAGCCAGUUGGUUUGGCCCCAGUGGAUCAGCCCAGUGCCUUCUCUAGAAGAAGAUGCAUAUGGUCAGCCUCCAUGAAAGCUUCAGUAGAAGUGACUACUCUGCUCAUGGGCAUUGAGGACUACAACAGACAGAUGUUUCAUUCCAAUGCACUUCCUUUGGGGGAACGUCCCUGGCAGAUUUUGUUCCAGCUGCGGGAGGCCGCUCAGAGAUGGCUGAGACCACAGGACCGCACCAAAGGACAGAUUGUGGACGUGAAAAUGUCGCUACAAGAAAAAGUCCUCAUCAACAGAAGCCUGGAGCAGAGCAAUUUCACAAACCUCUGCGGUUGGAUGUUUCCUUUGAUCCCAAACAUUCUGAAAAAAUGGGGAUCAAAUCCAGAAGGCGGCAGGAGUUAUCACUGGAAUUAUCACAAGCUUCUAAGGCUAGCAAGAAAAUGCCUAGAAGUAGCUCCCAAUUAGCCACAAUGGCAACAAGGAAAAAAUAUGGAUGUUAUGAGUGUGGGAAAAGGUUUGAUCAGCCAUCACAAGUUAUUAACCACCAGAGGAUCCACACAGGAGAGAAGCCAUAUCCGUGUACCGAAUGUGGGAAGCGUUUUAACAAACAGUCCAAUCUUAAUGUCCAUGUACGUCUCCAUCGAGGAGAGAAACCUUACAGCUGCCCUGAUUGUGGCAAAAGAUUCAAUGCCAAAUAUCAUUUACGUGGACACUACAGGAUACACACAGGGGAGAAACCUUAUGUUUGUGAAGACUGUGGGAAGAGAUUCCCUGUUAAAUCGUCUCUAAAUAAGCACCAACGAAUCCAUUCAGGAGAUCCCAAGCUGCCCAUACCACCUGAGAUUAAAUCAGAAGGCAAUACUCAGGCAGUAUUACCAGAAGUAAAACAGGUGUGCACAGUUCCUGAAGCAGAAAAAAUAGUUAAAAUCAUCAGUACCAAUUCCCCAAUAGGGAUAACAAUGUCAAACAGGAAUUAUGUCUGUUAUGAAUGCGGAAAACGUUUUGAUCGGCCUUUACAGCUUAGUAAACACCUGAGGAUUCAUAAAGGAGAAAGGUCAUAUCCAUGUAUUGAAUGCGGGAAACGUUUUAAUAAGCAGUCUAACCUUACUGUCCAUUUACGUCUCCAUACUGGAGAGAGACCUUAUGGCUGUCCAGAUUGUGGCAAAAGAUUUUGUACUAAAUCUCAUUUACUUGGACACUAUAGGAAGCACACAGGGGAGAAGCCUUAUCAGUGUGAAGUCUGUGGGAAGAGAUUCCCUGUUAAAGCUUCCCUAAAUAAGCACUGCCGAACCCAUACAGGAGAUCCCAAGCUGUCCAAACCAGCUGAGAGCAAAUCAGAAGACAAUACUCAGGCAAUAUUACCAGAGGUGACAUAUGCAAUUCCUGAACCAGGAAAUUUCAUCAAAAUUAUAACUAAGAAGCCCCCAAAAGGAAUUACAGUGUCAGACAGGAAUUUUGUCUGUCGUGAGUGUGGGAAAAGUUUUGAUCAGUCUUCACACCUUACUACACACCAGAGGAUCCACACAGAAGAAAAGCCAUAUCCAUGCACUGAAUGUGGGAAGCGUUUUAAUAAGCAGUCUAAUCUUAAUGUCCAUUUACGUCUCCAUACUGGAGAGAAACCUUAUGGCUGUCCUGAUUGUGGUGAAAAAUUCAACAUGAAAUCCCAUCUACAAGGACAUUACAGGAUCCACACAGGCGAGAAGCCGUUUGUGUGUGAAGAUUGUGGGAAGAGCUUCCGGGUGAAAUCUUGUCUAACUAGGCAUCAGCAAAUCCAUACAGGAGAAAAGCUAUAUCCAUGUAAUGAAUGUGGGAAACGUUUUAAUAAGCAGUCUAAUCUUAAUGUCCAUUUACGUCUCCAUACUGGAGAGAAACCUUAUGGCUGUCCUGAUUGUGGCCAAAAAUUCAAUAUGAAAUCCCAUCUACAAGGACAUUACAGGAUCCACACAGGUGAAAAGCCAUUUGAGUGUGAAGAUUGUGGGAAGAGCUUCCGGGUAAAAUCUCGUCUAACUAGGCAUCAGCAAAUCCAUACAGGAGAAAAGCUAUAUCCAUGUAAUGAAUGUGGGAAACGUUCUUUGGCUGACUUCAGACCGAUGGAAAACAUCUUGCUAAAUGUGUGA